UCCAAUCGUGGGAAAUGGCGCUUCGCGUUGUGGAAACCUGAAGUCAGAGGAGGCAUCUCAUACUUGACUGUCAGUUGAGGCGCCCACAGGGCUCUACGCAUGAGUUGCACUUUGAAAAGGAGCGGAUUAUGACAGAGGAGAAAGGGAGCCGAGAGAUUCGUCAAGGAAAACACAACAUCCGCGGCUCAGGCGUCAACAUCCUCGGACAGUGAACAAUGCAUGACCUGACUGCCCAAGUUACCAGCAGCCUGCUGCCUUUCCCAAGAGUGACUAUAGAUGCUUUAGGGGAGGAUGAGAUCACCCUGGACUCUGUGCUACACGGGAAAUUCACUGUUGGCCGCAGCGGGCUGGCCUGGCUGGCCUGUGGCCCUCACCUAGAGGUCGUCCAUGCAGUGACAGGAGAACGGCUGUCUGCAUACUGCUUCAGUGGCGGAGGCGAGCACCCACCCAGUGUCCUCGCUGCCAGGGACUUCAGCUGGCUCAAACGGUCUGGAUUACUGGUUGGCUUGGAGGAAGCAGAGGGCAGCGUGCUGUGUCUGUAUGACCUGGGACUGUCAAGGGUGGUCAAAGCUGUGGUUAUACCAGGCAGGAUUACAGCUAUUGAGCCGUUAGUAAGUUAUGGCGGGGCAAGCACAUCGACCCAGCAUCUUCACCAGAGUCUGCGCUGGUUCUUCGGCAUUGCCGCCGUAGUAACGGAUCUAGGUCAUGUUCUGCUUGUGGACCUGUGUCUCGACGACCUGUCCUGCAGCCAAAGUGAACUGGAGGCUUCAGACCUGCAGGUAGUGACCAAAUCUCCUGCAGAGAUCCCGAGGCUAAGAGAAGUCAGCACCAGACAGGGCAGACAUCUUUGUCUCCAGCUGAAUGGGCCCAGUGGAGUCGGAGCCACAGCUCUGCAGUACAUCUCCAGGACCAACCAGCUGGCAGUGGGAUUUUCAGAUGGAUACCUACAGCUGUGGAACAUGAAGUCUCUAAAGAAGGAAUACCACUCCCAGUUAGAGGGUGGCAGGGUGCCUGUGCAUGCCUUCACCUUCCAGGAGCCAGAAAAUGACCCCAGGAACUGUUGCUACCUCUGGGCUGUCCAGUCUUCUCAGGAACUUGAGGGAGAUAUGGUCAGCCUCCGCCUGCUUCAGCUGGCCUUCAGUGAAAGGAAGUGUCUAGCUUCUGGGAAGAUCCUCUAUGAGGGUCUGGAGUACUGUGAGGAACGUUACAGUCAGGAACUAAGUGGCACAGCCUUCCCUCUCAGGACCCAGGCCUCAGACACCCGCCUGCUGAGUUGCCAGACCAUCGAGAAGUUCCGACCCCAUCCGGACAGAGAUGACAGCAUGAACGAAGUUGCAUCUCCAGACACCAGUGUUUCUAUCUUCAGCUGGCAAGUCAAGAUCUAUGGCCAGGGAACCCCAUCUACUUACAUUGGAGUUUUUGACAUCAACCGCUGGUACCACGCACAGAUGCCAGACUCUCUAAGAACGGGAGAGUCUCUGCAAAACUGUCCCUACCUGGCAGUUUGGUCUCUGGACCCAGUGGUAAAGAUGGUGUCUCAACACGUCCUCCUGGAUGUGGUGGUGCACGACCGCAGCCUGAGCAGGGGCCUGCCCUUCACCUGCCCCCCACCAGAACAGUACUUUAACCCCACCACAUAUAACUUUGAUGCUACCUGCUUGCUCAACGCUGGAAUUGUGCACUUAACCUGCUCUGGGUAUCAGAAAGAGACCCUGAGCUUUUUGAAGAAAGCUGCUCCUUGUUCCAGUGACAUCAUCUCCACUAGCUACUCUCGCUGCCUCAUGUCCGGCCUUCUCUCAUCUCGCCUGGCUGACACUCAGGCCUCUAGCCUCUCACAGGUGGAGCAGCUGGAUGCCAUCUUAUCCACAGCGGUAGAGACCAGUUCCUUGGGACUGAUCACUGGCUGCAUCAAACAGUGGACUGCAGAAGAACAACCAGGCUCUGCACUGAACCUGCGCUACAUCCUGGACUGGGCCUGGAACAAAGUGGUCCAGACCAAGGAGGAACUGGAUGGCAUCUGUGCACCACUGUUUGACAGCUCAUCCAACUUCACAGACCCUCAGACCCUUCAGCUGCUACAACACAGCCAGAGACUGCUGGGAAACCUUAGCACCAUUUUCCACUGUCUGCUCAGUGAAGCUCACGAGCUCACACAAAAAGGUCUGGUGGGUCUGAUAAACAAGAACAUGGUGUCCAGUCUGAUUUCCAAGUACGCUCAGGUGGUGCUCUGGUUCUGUCGUACGGGUCUGCUGCCUGAAGGAUCAGACGACGACGCUCUUCAGAUCUCCAGGCCUUUCUACACUCAUUCAGUCAUCAGCAACUAUUAUACUAUACGCAGGGAGGAGCUCACCAGGCUGGCUAAAGGCAAGUGGUGCGCAGACUGCCUGAUGAUCGACGGUUUGGUUGGUCAGUGUGGUGAACACUUGAUCAAUCUCUGGAAGAGGGAUGAGGGUGGGACAGGGCAAUACCCACCACCUACAUUGCAUGCCUUGUUGGACAUUUAUCUACUGGACAACAUUGAUGAAGCUACCAAGCAUGCAAUUGUGAUUUACCUGUUGCUGGAUGUCAUGUACUCCUUCCCCAAUAAGGAGGGAGCAUCAGUGGAGUCUUUCCCCACAGCUUUUGCUAUUCCUAUUGGACUGGUGAAACUGGUGCAAGGCCUCUGGCUGCUGGACCAUCACGACCACCAGAGUUCCUUUGAGUUGCUCCUGCAUCCAGCUGCCUCUCAGUGUCAGUUUGAGUGGCAGCACGAGCGUGUCCUGCAAGCACUGAUGUGCCAGGGCCAACACUCAGUGGCACUGCGAUACUUCCACGUUACAAAGCCCCCGAUUUCCUCCACCUCCCAGGCCAAACUCUGCAUGUCUGUACUGCUACACAACAGGUGUCUCAUAGAAGCGUGGUCUUUACUUCGGCAGCACUCUAACCGCCUCAACAUGAGUGAGCUGCUGGGCUUUCUGUAUGAGAGCUGCCAGGAGCUGGGCCUCAUCAAGGAGCUGCUCAAGCUGCCCCUGGGAGUUCCCGAGCAGGAAUGUUUAGAGAAGUUUCUCCAGGGCACAGGGGGACUCCAGAACAGAGAACUGCUGAUGGUUCAUUACCUUCAGCAGGCCAACUACAUUCCCGCCGUGCAGCUCAACCACGGCCUCAAAAUGAACCUGGUGAAUGAGCGAGACCCAAAGCUUAAAGAACGAUCCAACAUCAGGAACUCGAUAUUGGAUCAGUACGGCAGAGUUUUGCCCAGAGUCCAGAGGAAACUGGCAAUGGAGAGAUCAAAGCCCUACCAGCAUCCUCACACCAUCCACAGAGAAGUUUCUCGGCCACAGCCACUGUCAACCAUCAGUAAGCGCUCCGUCAAUGAGAAGGUGAUGUCGAGGGCCGGCUUCAUCAACAACGUCCUGACCAAGAUUGAGGAGGUGUGGUUAGGCAAAGGAGCUACGCCACAGUCCUCCCCAGCCAAGAGCCCUAGGGCAGCAGAUCAGAGCCCCAAGCCCUCCUCCUCCUCAGCCAUUCCCGACCCCUUUCUGGGAACGCCUAUCACCAUGACCUCCAAACGAAAAUCAAGGCUGCUGGACUUGGUGGUUCAACCUUCCUGUCAAACCCCUCACCCUCUGCUCAGCCCUCCCAGACCUCCCAGCUCCUGGGUUUCUCCUAAGAGUAUCGGCAAGGCCCCUGAACUCAGUCUGCUACAAACACCCCAGGUGGUCAAGCGAGCUCGGGCUUUGGCUGCUUCUGGUCCAGUGUUCUCAGGAUUCACUCCCCAGUCCAUCCUGCGCAGCAGCCUGAGGCCCACACCUGUCGCCACCCCGUCUGCUUCUCCAGGACGCUCCAUCACACCCCCACUCCGCAGCAAAGAGAGUCGCAUCACCUUCAUUGAAGAGACAGAAUCUCCUGAACGAGAGAAGGGUAUCCGAUGGACCAAUGGGAUGGCAGCAGACAGUGAAAUUAGCUUGCUGACCAGAGGCUCCACACUGUCCAAGGCUACACAUAAGACCUGGUCCUCACAGCGUGCAGAGGAGGAAGAGAAUGGAGAUGAAGAAGGGGAGCAACCUCGUGUGAAGUUCUUGCCUCCAGAAGGUGGUAUUCCCUCCCCACAGCUGAGAUGCUUUGAGAGCGAGUCAACCUCCAUCCAUGAAGUCGCUGCAGAAACCAGACCAUCAGAUGCAACACAACCACAACUUAACCUGAGCUUUGACACCAGCCACACAUCUGUCCGUUCAACAGACACCACGCUAGAGUUCUAUGAUGCACCUCUUCCUGAUCUCUCAGAGAACCAGGAGGGACAGGAGGGGCACACUGCUACAGAGAAAGAAGAGGAGGUAGUGACGCUGAACAUCAAAGACCUAGCUGAAAAUCAAGAACCAGAGGAAGAGCCCACGCCAACCACUGAGCUAACCCCUCCCCGGACAUCAGAGGCUGGAGAAAAGGAGGAAGAAGAGGAGGUGAAAGAAGACAAAACAGCUAAGGAUGUGAUGGAGAUUGCUCUUGAAGAGGAGGCUAAAAACGAGGAAGAUGUUGAGUUCAAAGAGGAGGAUGAACAAGAUGUUGAGUCAACUCAUGAGCAUGAAGAUGCUGCAGCUCCUCAGCAAGAGGAGAUGUCUACUCACAAUGAAGUUUGUAACCAGGUAACUGAGAGCAUGGACUUUGGUGCUGAAGUCAAAUCUGCGGAUCUACCAGUGGGAGAGGACAUCCAAACAGAACAGACAGAGGUCACUGAAUCCACAGAGUUUACCGAGUAUCUGAAACCAUCUGAUGCCACCAAACCCACAAAUGACGCAGAGGAGGAGCUGGAGCAAUCAACAGAUCUGACGGAAUUUGUGCAGAGACAUCUCUUCGGCAGCGAUCUGUCUCCUCCGCUCACCCGCUCAGGAAUCCACGACGCAUCACAGACCCUGACAUCCUUUAACAGUGAGCUGCCAGGUGAGGCUGAAGAGGAGGCGCAGGCAGCUGUUGAAGCUCCACCGAUGUUCACCAGCCAAAAAUCUACUGCCUCUGUGACAUCCUCUGAGCCAACUGGCACAGACUCCCACUCUGUUGUGAGUGUAAAUGAUAGUGAAGACCUUUCUAGUGCUCUGUCUGAGGAAGAAGAAGAAGAUGAGGAGGAGGAGGAGUCUGAUCAAGCUGAGGAGGAGGAGGAGGAGGAAGAAGGGGAUGAAGAGGAGGAGGAAGAAGACUCUGGUAGUGAGGUGGAGAUCAUUGAGGAGGUCCAGGGUAAUGGGAGACUACCACCCCUCCAACCCAGUUCAGUCUUUGUACAACAAGGACACACACACUUCCUGCCAGGUCUGUCAGAGCAAGAGGCUGCGGAGUUCUCUCUGAUCACACCUGGCACAGAGAUAAAGAUGGUAGAGGAGGACAUGGAAGGUGAGGUGGUGAUGGUGAGACUCGGGGCAGAUGAACGUGGGAUGGAGGCAGAUGAGGAUGAGCAAGGAUCAUCAUACAUGGAGCUCAAACCCUCCACCACUCUCCUGGUACCCCUGGAGCUUGUGGAGGGGCAGGACAGCCUGAUCCAUCCACAGCUGGGUCUUCCAGAGCUUCAGCAAACGAUUGUGCCGGACGACCCGAGAUCUGAAUCUCAGAGCGGCUUCUCUCUGAUGCUGGAUUUGGACGAGGAAGGGGAUAAAGAGGCAGACAUGCUGCCCAUGGAGAACGAUCUGCAGUCCUCUGACCCUCCCACUCUGUUUCCAGCAGUGGAGGCUAUUGAUGAACUUGAGGCCAAACCUGAGGUUAUUGUUCUGGGUACAGAUGAUCAGGAUCCUCUUCUGUCUGAAGAAGUGUUAGAAGAGGACCACAGGGAAGAGAUGGACACCUUGGAUGGAAUUGAGUUAGAUGGACUGACAGAGUCAGAAAUUGUAAAACUGGGUGAAGAAGCUGACGUACAAACUGAAAACACUGGGAAAAACCAUGAGACAGAGGAUACUGAGGAACAGAGCAAUGCAGAGUUAGUAAUGUUGGUUGAAGACCAUAAAGCUGAAGGUCCUUCAGCCGCUGAACCAAGUCCAGAGGAAGACGUCCCUGCAGUGACGUUGGUUGAAGAUGAUGAACCUGAAGUUCUUUCAGCCUCUGAACCAAGUCCUGAGGAAGACAUUCCUGCAGUGACGUUGCGUGACAAUCAGGAACCUGAAGGUCUUUCAGCCUCUGCACGAAGUCCUGAGGAAGACAUCCCUGCAGUGACGUUGGGUGAAGAUCAUGAACCUGAAGUUCUUUCAGCCUCUGCACCAAGCCCAGUGGAAGAACUCCUGGCAGCUGUGGAAGACAAAGACUCUACUGCAGAGAAAGAUGCUACUGAGGAGAAGAUGGGAGAGGACAAACCAACACCUGCUGAGGACCAGGAAGAGCCUGAAGAGAAUGGACCUGUUGAUAUGGACAAGGACACAAUUCCCAGCACGGAGACAUCAACUGUUGAGGAGGGGAAGCAGCAGGACCACAAAGUGUUAUCAGAGACAGAAGAUAACAAGGAAGACAUUAAUACAGAGACGGAAACAAAAAGGAGAACCAGGGGAAGACCAAGAAAAGAUAACGAUGUUAAGGAAGAGAAGCCUAUGGAGCAGGUUUUGAGCUCAAAUACCCAACCAGAGGAACCAUCUGUGCCAGAGACCCCCACUUCUCAGAGGAAAAAGAAAGCUCCCUCCACCCCAACAAGGAGGACCACGAGAGGGAGGCCAGUUACUUUUAUCUCUCCCCUCCUGGAGGAAGUGGAGGAGCCAGAGGAGGAGCCAGAAACAAGCACUCUGGUGCCUGCCUCACCACGUCGCACACCUCGAAAAGGUAAACAGACCAAAGACACUAAAGUCCGAGCUAGCACACCUCGAAGAAGUACUCGCAAUACCCAGCCAGAGCCUCCGAGAGACGAGUUUGAAGAGGAGGACGCCAUGGAUAAUGAUACCACAGUUGCAACAACCUCAAAGGUCUCUUCUCCAGCCAGACGGCGGGUUUCCCAGAGGGCCACCUCAACAAGGACCAGCCAGAGGACCCAGAAAGAAAGUGAGGAGGUGUCUGAAGUCAAAGAUGAGGAAGAACAAGAGGAGGUCACGGAUACAAAACGUUCUCGACGACGGACCUCCAAAACUUCAACACCGGCUAAACAAAGAACCACUCAGGGAAGCACUCCAAGGAGGUCCAGCAGAAGGAUAUUGAAUAGCAGCAUGGUGGAGUCAACACCGUUAGAGAUCUUGAAAGAAGAGGAACAGCUGGAGGUCACUCCAUCCCCUGUCAAACGCAACCUCAGGAAGAGUAAGACCGAACUAUCAGAGACGCAGCCAGCCGUGCAGGAAGAGAAAGAGGAGGAGCGAAAGAAACCCUCUAGCCCUGGUAGGGCAACUCGACAGUCCAAUCGGAUCACCCUAAAUGUUUAUCCAGAAGUGAAACUGGUUCCUGUAUCAAUUCCUCAGAGUGCUAGGAAGACGAGUGGAGAGACAAUUACUGAAAAUAUAAAGAAGAGUGGCGUUCAACUUGAGCCUGAACUUAACAGCAACGUUGGUCACACCAACUCCCGUCGACCCACCAGAAGCAAACUCUGGGAUCACCCUGAGGAAGACCUUCCCUUACUGGACUCACCGUUGGAGGUGGAUUCUGAAACCCCUGUCGCGGACGCCCUCAUCAAGAGACUUCAGGAUGAAGAAGACAAGCCGGAUGGAAGAGUGGUCGUCACCAAGAUAGUAAGAACCAGCAAGAGGAGUACGAAGUCGUCAGUGGGGCAGGUUCACUCACUACUCUCUGUAAAAGACAGCCCGGUCCCUGAACCUGAGGAGGAGGAGUCUAGUCCAGGCGAGCAUUCAUUCAUCUACUCCCCCUCACGAAGAAGAACAAGAGCUUCAAGAGCAGAGUCUCCUGGCCCGAGCGAAGAGUCUGCAGCGCCCGUCACUCGCAGCAGGAGAAGAGUUGUCAAAGAUGCCUCUGUUGCUCCUCAUGAUGAAAUUGCUUCAGAAGAAGAUCAGGUUGAAGUGGAGAAAGCAGCAGGAGCUUCAAAGACCAGAAAAGCAGGCAGACCAACAGCCAAGUCCAAAGCAGCAUUGGAGCCGCCUCCCAUAGCAGAGGUGGACCUGAUCUCGCCUCUGCCCAGCCCAACUAGUCCGGUUCCACGAGCACUGAAGAGGAUUAUGGAGGGAGAGGCCCCGGCCCCGAGCAUGAAUCUGCGACGCAAACGCAUAAUGGACACCGUUUUCACAAAACCUGUCACACGGAGAAAGAAACUUUGAGGAGGUUGGUGGCGGGUUUAACCAGUGAACCUCAGACAGCCACUGGAAGAUCUGAACCAACUCAGUCAGGAGCUUUCAACCCAU